AUGCUCAGGUGAGUUGUCAAGGCCCGACUUUGAUACUUCUGCUUAACGGCUGGCUCUUCCGCAUCAACCAUUUCGGGUGUGCUGCUAGACCUUUCCUGAAAAGCAAGUCUCCCUCUGAGAAUCUGAGCAGCUUUUCUACUUGCUGUUGCCCUUUGAGAAAAUGCCUUCUGAUUCUUUGGCUCUGCUUACGUCCAGCCAUUGUCUAUUUCACGAGUGAUUUUCCAAUUUCAUUGUUACCUAAGAGCAGCUUUUGUAGAGAGAGCCUUAGCUAGACAAUGAGUGUUGUCUUCUGACAAAGAGUUGGGGAUUUUGUUAUUUUAAUGGUUUCAGGGAAAAGAGAUCCUCUUACUGGCACAUCUUAUAAUUGAGACAACAGGUUUUAAUGUGUGUGGUUUUUAAAAAAUGCAGGAUAGGACGACACAGAGAACUACUAGCUGUGUGACAACAAACUCCCUUGGUUGCCCUGUGGGAUUACGGUACUUUUUUUGAGUGAAAGACAAGGGAAGAGCAACCCUUUUGAUUCUCUGACCUGGACUCCUUAAAGGCUUUUGGUGCCAUCACAGAUGGUGUUCUUCUUGAUAUCGGUUGUCUAGGGUAGGUUUGAGAGGCACUGCCCAGCAGUGGUUCUACUCAUUUUUGGAUAGCCAUUUCCGGAAAGUAGUGCUGGGAUAAUACUCUUCACCCCUUAGUGCUUUGUGAGUCCACAGGGUUUCCAUGCUGUUUAACAUCUACAUGAAACUGCUGUGAGAGGUUAUCCUGAGAUUUGGUCUGAUUUGUCACCCAUAAGGAGAUGGCACCCAGCUUUCUCUCUCACUUUUGUUGGACUUAGCUGAGGUUGUCACAACCCUGAACCAGUAUUUGGGAGUGAUUAUGGGCUGGGUGAGGGUGAAUAAACCGAGACUCAGUUCAAACAAGAAUGCUGAUAGUGGUUCAUUCACCCAGGUGAUUAUUUUCAGCCUAUUUUACAUGGGAUUCCAUCCCCCAUAAAGGACCACAGUUUGCAAUCUGGGGGUGCUUAUUGAUCCAGCGCUUUCAUUUGAAGCUAAGAGACCUAUGUUCCUCAAAGCGCUGUUAUCAUCUUCAGCUAAUUCACCAGCUGCAACCUUGUUUGGGUAAAGAUAGUGUGGCUACAAUUACCCAUGUUCUGGUAACCUUCCAUUUUAGACUAUUGCAAUGCAUUGUAUAUAGACCACCCAAUAAAAAAAGUCUGCAAAUACAGUUGUUCCAGAAUAGGGCACAAUACUAAUAGCUGGUGCUGGGCAGUUUAACUCUAUUAACUGUGUCCGUCCAGUUCUAGGCCCAAUUUAAAGGUCUGAUUUUAAUCCAUAGAGCCUAAACCAUUUGGGAUCAGAUUGAAAAAAUGUCCUUUGCCAUAUGCAUGUGGUGGAACUUUAAGACCCUCUUCAAAGACUUUGAUUCAGGUGGCCCUGCCCAAUGAAGUAAGGCAGAUAACCAAUGUGGGGGGUGGUCUUUUCAAUAGUGGCACUCACUUAUGCAAUAGCCUUCCCAUGAAAGCUAGCCUUGCACCCUCUUUGUCAGGCAUCCCCAAACUUGGCCCUCCAGAUGUUUUGGGAGUACAAUUCCCAUCAUCCCUGACCACUGGUCCUGUUAGCUAGGGAUGAUGGGAGUUGCAAUCCCAAAACAUCUGGAGGGCCGAGUUUGGGGAUGCCUGCUCUUUGUGGUCUUUUUGGUGCCAGACAAAGACUUUUCUGUUCAUCCAUGUGUUCUAUGCAACUUCUGUAGUCUGGCCCUUUCAGAUUUUCUAGUGUUUCUGAUUUUGAGAGUAUAGUGGGCUUUGUUUUCAUGGUUUAUUUUGUAUGUAGGUACGUGUCUGGAUUUAUAUUAGUCCAGCUGCCUGGCUGUACUCAACUGAUAAUAUUUAGGCUGCAUAACACGCACCAGGGAGUGUGGGUUGGAGAGUAAGAAUACUGGUUUACACUUGUUUUCUGUAAGAGAUUCUUUGUCAACUUGCAGAAUUGUGCUGCAGAAUACAAUGGGAUUGUCAUUAUAAACUUUACUCUGGGAUGUUUUUCAUAAUCUGCUGAAUUUCCAAGGUGGCCCAGUGUUAAUUUACUAUAGUUUCAGAUUUAGAGGAAGGGAAGGCUCCAUGAUUUUCACUGUUUAUAAAUCAUGAAAUACAAACUCGGAAUAAUCAGCUCUGGAUAACUUUUUUUUUUUUUUAAGGCUAUUAUGUCUCUCUUGUUGAGACCAUCCUCUGCAUGACCAGCUGUCCCAUUCCUGGCCUAUUCGAAAGCCCUCAGAGUUCUUUUGUCAGCUGACCAAAGUGGAGCUCACUUCUCACUCCCCCUGUUUCUGAUAAACAUUCUGAUAUAGGCUCAGUGCCAGGCAUUAUAGGCCAUAAUAUAUGACUGGGCACAAAGAUAUAAAGUUUUUUUUUUGGGGGGGGGGUUUCUUUUAAACUUAACUUCGUUUGAGAGGUGGGUUUCCUGCUCUUAGGCUUCUUUAUUCUGAAAUCAACAAAUGCAAGUAAGUUCCACAAUACUGCUUUUGUGCAACUAGUGAGUCAUUACUACUGCCAUUACCACUACUAUUUCUUUUUCUUUUUUCCUGCUGUUGCAAUCAUAAAAGAAUUAUGUGAAUCUGAGGCUUUCCAUGAAAAAAAUUUCUGAUGUCCCGUGACCAUGAGAUUAUGUAGAUUUUUCUAUGGCAAUGGUACACAUGCUUGCUUGACAGCAGCACCCAUUGAUCUUGUACCUGAAUAGACACAUUCCAAAUGAGGAACUCUAGUCUGGUGCGGAAAAACCAGCUAAGAGUCUUGUGAUUCCUUAAGUACCAUAACUUUUCAUGAACAGGAGUCUCCACAACUAACCCAUCUGAUGAAUGGGACUCUAAUCCAUGGACAACAAACACCACAACAAACCUGUUGGUCCCUAAGAUGCAGUGAGAUUUUUCUGAGGUGCUAGUACCUACGGGACCGCCUCUCCUGGUAUGCCCCGCGGAGGACCUUAAGGUCCACAAAUGACAACACUUUCGAGGUCCCAAGUCGCAAGGUGGUUAGAUUGGUCUCAACUAGGGCCAGGGCCUUUUCAGUACUGGCCCCGACUUGGUGGAACGCUUUGUCACAAGAGACUAGGGCCCUGCGGCACUUGACAUCUUUCCGCAGGGCCUGCAAAACAGAGCUGUUCCACCUGGCCUUUGGUUUGGACUCAGUCUGACCCUUAUGCUUCCCUCCCCUUAUGGUUUUGAUCUAUGGACUACUUUUAAAAUGAGGCUGCAUUUUAAAUUGUAUUUUAACCUGUAUUUUAAAUUGGUCCCCCCCAUUAUGUUUUUAUUGUAAUUUUACUGGUGUUAGCCGCCCUGAGCCCGGCUCUGGCCAGGGAGGGCGGGGUAUAAAUAAAAUGUAUUAUUAUUAUUUUUUAUUAUUAUUGCUCAUGUAUCUUGAUUGAACAUAUGGCUGCUAUAGUUAUUUCGCCUUUUGAUGUCUUCUUGUGCCUCUCUAUCACUUUUCCUCACAGUUUACCUGCCAAGCUGAUCAAUGGAGGGAUAGCUGGGCUAAUUGGGGUCACCUGUGUAUUUCCUAUUGACCUGGCAAAAACUCGCCUACAGAAUCAGCAGAAUGGCCAGAGAAUGUACACAAGCAUGUAAGUACUCGAGUUACGAAGUGAAAGAAAUUGUGUAGUAGUUAUUCAUCGAUCAUUUCUUUUUUGAAAAAUCAAUUUGCAUAGAAAAGCUGCUUUGCAGUACUGUGCUUAUUUUUUCUUAUUUGAACAAGAGUUUUACAUUUGGGUCUUGCACUUUCAGUAGUUGUUUAGAAGAGGGGAUUUCUUUCUCCUAUACUACUAUCAAAUGUGCAACAGUCCUUCUCCUGCACCCUGACAUCUCUUAUUAUAGAACAUAAUAUAUAUUUUUUAAGUUUCAAUUUUAAAAAUUGAAAUGAUUCAUGAUUAACUUCUUGGUUAUCAUUUGUACAGGGUAUUAACUUUAAUAAUUGAGCCAUCAAAAAUCCAAUAUAAGCCCCUACAUACUCAAUAUUCCUAAUGGAUUACAGCUGCAAUCCUAUGUGCACUUACCUUUGAGUAAGUACCAUUGAACUCAGCGGACGCUUUUGAGUGGACAAGAAUAGCACUGCACUCCAUGCCCCCCGUUCAUCUGUAGGCUUUAGCAUGGGGACAAGCAAAAAGCGUUAGGUACAUGAUUCCAAAGAAAUCUGUAGAUCAGGAAAGCAGUUUUGCUUCUGGCAUUGCCUUUUAAUUAGCUAAGGAUGACUCCUGGGGGUUGUUCUGAUAUGUCUUGUGAAAGGCAGUGCAUCCUUCAGAGAGAGGUGCUGUUGCUUUUUGCUGCACCUGGUCUUGUAUCAGUUUUUACAAAGACUUCCAUUUUUCCACCAGCAUAAAACUGGAAAAAAUGUUCCAUCUCUUUUCUGCCUUUCUAGUGAAGCCUACUGAGGUGUAUGAAUUGCCUGCUCUUCUCACCUGCAGCCAGAUGACUAACACAGGACAAAGAGCAGCUAGCUGAGCAAUGUGGCCAGACUUAAAACACUAUUUGUAAUGACUUAUGUUGUAUCAAGGGACUGAAACUAUGCUUAAAGCCCCAAUCAGUGACUUUCCUUGUCCUCCAUCUUUUCAAUAGGUCUGACUGCCUUAUCAAGACAAUCCGUUCCGAAGGGUAUUUUGGCAUGUACAGAGGUCAGUGUUAAGCUGCAUUAUUAUGAAUGAUUUAUCACAGUAGGAAAGCCUUGUUGGAGAAGGAGGAAAAUAUGUUAUUCCUGGGUUUGGGUUGCCAACAUUUAGUCCUGGCGUUCUGUGCCUUUAGGAUCUGCAUGGUAAUUUGAAAUUCAACAGGUAAAGCUUUUCUCAGGCCUAGAGCGCUAAUUUUUGUGUAGGUUUGCCUAUGGGGUGAGAUAUGGUGAAUAAGAAGAGCAGAGUUCCUGCACCACCAAGGUGGCAUUGGCUAUGAGAUAUGCCCACAUCAUUUAGCAAAGUGCUUUCUUGUUUCUUUUUGUUUCUAUCCUUCUUACUUUAUGCAGAUUUAUUUGACAUCAACACACUGAUUCAGUUAAUUAAUCACUUAAAACAACUGAAUCAACUAAUGUAAUUGGAGCAAUGCAGUAGGGGACUAUUCCAUUGGAAAGAAAUAUGAAGCAGAAAUGGACAGAAAAAUGCAGAAGAACUGGAGGAUGCCACUUGAUACCAUCUUUUUCAGGAUUCUUUUUCUGGAGAUUUUUAUCUUUAGCAAAAUCUAGCUUAGUUCAUCUUCACUGCAAAGAGGGUAGAAAUCUAGACACUGACUUGUGCUUACAGAUACAAUGUAGUGCAAAGUUGGUAUUCUUUUACUUGAGUUGAAGAAUUUUUGCGCUCACUUAUUUCGCAUGCAAUGUUUUGUGGCGUUUCCCAGUUUGCAAUGAAUAUGGCUUCUUCCCUCACUCUUUUUUACUGCUCGAGUGUGUUGUUCUUCCAGACCACACCAUUAAGAGUUUGGGUUAUGCCCGGAACAAAAAACACUUUUGUAUCCAGUGCCAAAUUCAACCAAAUACUGGAUGGAAAAAAUGCAGUAUCAUCAUAUGCAAAUAUUUCCCCAACAGGAGACUGCUUGAAAAUAAACUUUAUAGUGGGAAAGUAUUUUGGUUUGUGUUUUCUUUGGUGCCCUCAAAUUCUUGACUUCAGAAUGGCUUUAUAGGACAAUCUGGCUUGGAAUUUCUUUCCAUGGAAAAGGUUACUGCUACUUUUACUUCUUAUUUUGAUUCUGACUAAGAGUGUGGAAGGGAUUCUUUUUAUCAAGAUGGAAACAGCACACUGCAGUUUUUUAAGUGCCCGGGCUCCUGUACAAUGGGAUCAGCAAUUGUAGCAGUGGGUUCCAGAGGCUAAUUCUUGGUUGCUACAGUUGCUGCAUUUUUCCUAGGUGGUCUCCUAUGACUUUAGUGGCUGUGUGAGAAGCUGAAACCCAACAGGUAGAGCUCUUCCCACCACUGUAUCUGCACACUGAGGAAAAACUUCAUCUGUGCUGAAUUUUUGCUAAUCAUGCAGCUGUUUAAAAGCAGAAAGGCUCUCUUGGAUAAUAAAAAGUAGUCGGUGCUUGCAGAGGGGAGGAAGCAUGUAACAAAUUAGCCAAUUUACCUUUCAGUUAAUCUUACAUGUCUUAUCUAUCUUGGCUUGCAUAUUUCUGUGUGUGGUCAGAGAUCAAAGACACAUAGCUGGAGUUCAAACAGCUGUAAACCUUGGAAGUUUUUCAUGUGAUUAGGAGGGUGUAGUCACAAUUUGAAUCUCAUUCAUUUUCUUGUAGUAUAGAAUUGCAAGAGCGUGCAGAUAUUUAUCUGUUUAUAAGAAGCAUUCAUGCAGUAAACCAUGGUUGUAUCACCUUGGCAGUACAGUUUACUAUUGACAGUUUACCUUUAAUUAGUUGAUUACGCAAGUCCAAGUUGAAUGACCUUUGAAGUUUGUUUCUCCCAGUUGAAUAGGAUCUUACCAGAUCUUGGUCAGGUUUCCCAGGAAAGGGGAUUAGUUUUAGGCAAUGGGGAUGCCAUGACAGACGGUUGAGGGCAAUGUGUUCUUGCUGCCAAGUUACAGGUGGGUGGUGGGCAGACAGACAGAGGUGCGUGGAGUGGAAGCUGCAUUAGGAUUGGCUGGUUGAGCAGUUGAGUGGAGAGCAGUCCCUAGACAGGGAAGCAAACGGCUGUGUUUUGUGUCAGCUCUGACAAAUCCGUUGUAACAAGCAAGCAGUUGAGAUUUUACUUAGUGCCAAGCUCGUUGUUCGUCAUGUGCCCGCUCUGGACACGUGGGAAAAUAUAGAUGUACAAAACAGAAAUGGUUUGCAUUGGAUGCAUUGCAUUGCAAUGGAUGGCAGCUCCUAUUCUAGUUAGCUGAGGGCAUGAAGCUUCUGAGGGCAUGAAGCUUCCCUCCAGUUUGCUCUGCAUCGGUUUCCUUUUGCGUUGUGAGUGUGCCAGGGCCAAACCUUUGCCAAAUGGUCUCUGCAGCACAGAACUGGAGCAGCGCAGACCACCCAAGGCAGGCAGCCUUCUUACUAAGAAUACCCUCAACGUCAUCCCCAGGCUCCCACUGUAACAGGCAGACUAUUCCUAGCUGCUGGAUGGAACAUAAUGAGGCUUUAUUUAACUUCAAUACAUAGUAUAUUUAUACACUUUGUGGCUGUUCUAUAACCCCUCCGAUUGUGUCCUCCAGCAGCACGCAGUAGUACAUUGAUGCUGAUCCCACUUGCGUCAAACAUCAGCUCUGCUGAGGUUAUUUUCUCUUUAGCCUGAUAAAUGCAGAUAGGUGCAAAAAAAUAUGCAUAACCCUCAGAUUUGUUGACCACAAUUGUGUGGAUUAGGACAUUGCCUAUACAGAACUGCAUAUAUUUUUGGUAAUAUAUUCUGAUAGCAAAAGUAGAAGCUUUGUUGCAUUUGCAAAUGUAUGGCAGGGAAUUAGAUGACUGAUGCAGAAGGGAAGAAAAACCACACAUUCUAUCUGGUUUCUUUCUAAUAUUUAAUGCUUCCAUAUGGCUGCCUUUUUUUAAAAAAACUGGUUGACUUGUACAAGCACAUUGAUGAUUAGCAAAAAUUUCCCAGUGUUGAUUCAUUACCAAUUAAAGCAACAAAUUAAACAGUACUACUUUGCUUGAGAAGGAUGUACCGUAUAUAGAACAAGAUUUUAUAAUAAGAUAUAUUUUAUGAGAAAUGCUAAGGAUUUUGUUAAAUGGAAAGGAAUACAUGAAGCAUUUUAGUAGAGCAACAAAUCAACCAGGCAGUUGUUCUUGAUACGUAGUCAAUCUAUCAAAGGUUUAUGGGGCCCUUAGUAAAACCUUGUAAAAUGCUGGCUUUAUGGUGACUGUCUGCUCUGCCUCCCAGUCAUUUGCUGGUGUCUGAAGCCUGGCAGCCUUAUUUAUGAGCAAUUCUACAUUUCAGCCCUAGUAAAUUAAGCAACGUCUAGCGUCAACACCCCUGGCCUGUAUGCCAAGGACUACAUUUUGGAGACUAAAAAAUACUGGGAGUCCGUGGAGGUGUGCUUGUCUUUCUUCAGUGAUUUGCAGCCACAUUGGGUUACUGAGGACAAGGAUUAUAGCUCCCCCCUUCCCCCAUCAAGCAGCUUUGCUGAAAACAUUAAAGAUUUAGAAGAAAAUCACAGAUUGACCUUUUAUCUGGAAAUACAUUUUUCCUGACUUUAAUUCAUUUGAGAUACAAAAAUAUUGACCCAGAAGCUGUUUCAUUAGUAUUAGUAUACAGUGCACCAAGUUUUUGUAUGCUGAAAGGAGUUCAAGUGGGAGAGUGACUAGAGCGAGAUGAGCGCGCAACCCCAGAGUCGGUCACGACUGGACCUUAAUGGUCAGGGGUCCCUUUGCCUUUAGCAAGAAAGAAUAUGCCAGUCUUUGAUAGCCGUUGCCUAGAUGAUAGGAAUCAGUGCCAGCUCUAUGCUCAACCACUCGCCUUGAAUGAGCUCCCACUUCUCCUGCUAAUACCCAUUCCCAUGACCUUUCCCUUUGGGGCCCAGCCUGCCCAGCUGGCUAGAGGGGAGAGGCAAAGGAAGAUGAGGCGGAUGUUUCUCCUCCUUGCUCCUGCUAGCUUAGAGGGCCAGGUGAACAAGUGACAACAGCAAAGAAGAGAAGAAAAAGGGCUCCAGUGGGUGGCAGUGGUUCCCUGUUGGGUGAGGGCUUCAGCAGCUGUUCUGACUCCUGACCCCAGGGAUGCCUUGAGCACCAUGUCUAGUUUGGCCCUGAAUCACAAGUGUAAGCAACCUUUAGAGGAAGAGAUUGUUCAGGAGAUGGCUCUUGCCCUAAUCUACUGCAGAUGGCCCUUCACCAUGCAAAGUACUCUGUGAAUUCUGCAUAGUUGGGGAACAAGCAAACGAGAGGUCAUCCUUCUCAUGGGGGAAAUGCAGCGGCCGAAACUGGAUUCCCUUUCCUAAGUGACCUCAGUGGUGUGGGUCACUCUUGUGUCACUAAUGCUGCUUUCCUUUGUUAUCCAGAGCAGCGCACAGUUUGUAAUGCCUUCAGAGGGAUUUGCUGUUUGUUGCUGCCGAUAAUAGAGUACACACAUUCACCAUGUGAACGUCACGUGCUGUUUACAUACCAGAGGACAGAGUUGGGUGUGCGCCUACUCUGUUGAAACUGGAGAAAGGUGCUUUGGUAUGGUCUGCCGCAAACUAGCUGCCAACCCCUGAUGCUGACCCUGAUAGGGAUGCAUAGAUUGAACACACUUUUUGAACUGAGGCAAGUUUUAGUUUGGAACAAAGGAGCUUUUGAGGCCACAGUUAGGUCAGUCUAUGCUGUUAAUUAAGUAGGGUUCGUACAGGAAAUACUUAUUUCUCUUUUUUGUGGUGCAAAAUAAAUACUUAGCAAAGUGCUUUGCAUACAUGAACUCAGCAAUUUUUACAACAAUUCUAUAAAGUAGAUGAGUACCUUAAUUUCCGCUGGAUGUAUGUGUGUGUGAAGCAGACAGUGGCUUGUCUAAGGCUACCCAGUGAACAGAUGGUUGAGGUGAGAAUUUAACCAGGGUUUCCAUCUCCUAGCUCUUCCUUUCCCCCCAAAAUUGAGGUGUGCUCCAUUAAUGUGCAUGACCUUUGGGUCAGGGCAUAGUGUGUUAAAGGGAGCAACGCCUUUCAACACUUUUUGACAGAUGUAACCUGUUUGUAAAGCGAAUAAAUCAAAGCUGGCAGAGGGAAGAGAGACAUGCCUCUGGAAGAGAAAAAAUCACCGACUCCUUCUAAGCAACCUUUAGAGGAAGGUUUGAAGGAGGGCUUUUUUUGAGGGUGGGCUGUGUCCCUCAAGAAUUUGUUGGGCUCUCAGCUCUCAUGAGCCCCAGCCAACAUGGACAACAUGGACAAUAGGCAGGGAUUAUUGGAGAUGUAGACCAGCAACAUCUGGAGGCAGGUAGCAGUUUGUGCAUAUGCAACUGAAGCAGCAUCUGAUUGCUGGCAGUGAACUAACUGGCUCUGCCCCACUAGAGGGAAAACCCUCCUCCCUGUCCCAUCUGAAUGGAGUGCAUCCGUGGUCCCAGUUAAUACUGAAUGAAUCCUAUGCCACAGUGUGGCAGGGGAGGCAAUUGCUAAUGUAGUAGCAAACAUUGGUUUGGAUGGAAAUGGGUACCACCACUGGCUUCCAACAUAGCGUAAGUUUUGUUUCUGGCGUGGCUCCUAGAAUUGGUCUGCAUUUCUAGAUUCUGUUGAUUCUACAGUGCCUUAUCUCCCCCAGCUCAGUUUUCUGGGUGAGGUUGAUGGUCACCAAGAAAACACAAUUUUUUAUCUUUUAAGUCUUCCCUAAUUCUCUUAACGUUCUGUUCUCCAUAUUUCUUGCCCAGGGGCUGCAGUGAAUCUGACACUAGUGACUCCAGAAAAAGCCAUCAAACUAGCUGCCAAUGAUUUCUUCCGGCAUCAUCUGGCCAGAGAUGGGUGAGUGUGAUAGAGGGCACUGUGUAUAAUGGUUUCUAGGAGGGGUGUCAUGACUGGGAUAUUUUGAUGGCACCCCAUUGCUUCCAGUGUGGAUGCACUGAGGCAGCUGUCCAUAGUACUUGGUAUUGUUGCCAUUGAGUCAAGUGCAUUAUUCAUCUGCUUGACUGCGCCUGCUUUGAAAACAAUGGGAUACCACUGACACAUUUAAUUUAUACCACAGACAAGUGUUUCUCUUUCUUUUGGUGGAUGCACUAGUUUUGCUACUUUGCAUUUGGUUUGAGGUGACUUGUCUCUAUUUUGUGGAGACCAGUGCUCAAGACAAUAUUAUUCCCUUUCACUUACUAAUUUAUUAAAGUAAUAUCUUGCCAUUCAUCUGAAGAUCUCAGGGCAGUUCACAACAUAAAAAUACAAAAUAAAAACACAAAAUGCAUAAUAAAAACAAAGCAAAGCAAUGACCGCUCCUGCCUACAAACACAUUUAAAAGGACAAAGAAUGUUAAUCAGCCCAAGGCCUGGUUGAAGAGGAACAUUUUUGCCAGGGGCUUAAAGAUGUGUGAUGAAGGUACCAGGUGAGCCUGUCUGGGGAGAGCAUUCUGCAAACAAGGAGCCAAUGCAGAGAAUGACUGCUGGUCACAUUGGGGCUCUUCUUUGAGAACAAAGUUGGCAUCUGAGUAGACUGGUUUGUUCAGUAAUGAUUAAUGUAUUGUAGCUCAUCACAGAGAGAUCAUUUUGGGGUUCAAAUGUUAAGCUUUUUAUGAAUAAUUGCAAAGGAGAUUACACAAUAUUCAAUAUCUUGUUUGCCCAAGGCCAAUUGUGGAGCUAUUCAUGGACUAGGAAAGACGCAAUUGCAUUUCUAGGUUGAUUGUCACACACUCUCCUGGCAGUUUCCUUGGAUUGUUUGCAGGACACUGUGCAUACCAUGAAGUCCUCCUACCAGAGAUGACAACCCCAGUAACUGCUGCCUUUUAUAUGUCCAAAGGGACAGUGACCAUACUUUUCUGUCUGCAGCAUUUGGUGGGAGCUGAGAUUUUUUUUGCAGAGGCAAAAGGUUACCUACCCUCUCCCUGCAUUCCAUGAUGCUGAUCGGAAACACCACAGCUAUAAAUUUUCAAGCACAUUUAAUUUGCACAUUUAAAGCAUCAUUGUCACAUUUGGCCCUUAGCUGAAACUAAUAAAGGUAUUACCUCACUAUUACUUUUGGAUGAUCAAAAAGAGGCAUUGAGGUGUAGUAGAGGUGUAUCUGAAUUUCACAGAACCUUUAUACAACAGAGUAGAUGUGUCAUUCUGCACACUUGAUCAACAUGAUGCACAGGAAUUGAAAGUGAGAGGCUACUGACUGAAAGGACUCCUUUGCAUCUCAGCCAAGGUUACUUUGCCACCAAAUGUGGGAAAAUAUCCAAAAACAAAGGCAGUAUCUGUGAUUAUUCAUGUGCUAAUGCUUAGAGGUCCUUUGUUUCUGCUGCAAAUUCUAGCUGCUGAAGAAUUCCAAGUUUGGCACUAACAAACAGAGGUGAAACUGCUUUAUUUAUUUAUUUAUUUAUUUAUUCAUUCAUUCAUUCAUUCAUUCAUUCUUUACCAAUAUAUUAUUUGAGGAAUGGCCUUGUGCAAAAUGAUACAAGAGGUGUAUCCUCUGGAGCCUGUCUUUGGGAAUCUCACUGAAAUUGUUUCAAUGACCUUCAGAAUUCCUAAGGACGUUUCACCAAGGCAAGGCACUUAAAAUUCACUUUAAACUUGGACUUAUGCAAGAUUCAGGGCCUGGGAAAUAGAUUACAACGCCAUUUCUUAAAAGCUGGAUUGUGGCCAUGGGUGGAAUGCAAAUCUCAUUUCAGCAGGAGGAGUAUUAACCCAUCUCUUUAGGCUGUCCCCCCCUUCCCUCGAAAUAGGCUCCACUUCGCCUGCUUGCCUACCUGCAGGACAAAGGAUUUGAAUGCCUUGUUUCUUGGAUGGGGAAGCAGUUAGAGAGAAAAUGGUCAAAGGCAGAAAGGGGUUAAGUAUACAGAUAAGAAAACCUUUCCCUUGUAGACAGCAAUGUGGGGCAGAAGAUUACCCAGUGCCUUAUUUUUCUGUGGAAAGUGCUUUGUUCCAUAAGUUCAUUAGUAAUGAUGAAUGAAUGCCAGUUGCAAAUACAAUACAGUGGUACCUCGGGUUACAGACGCUUCAGGUUACAGACACUACAGGUUACAGACUCCAUUAACCCAGAAAUAGUACCUUGGGUUAAGAACUUUGCUUCAAGAUGAGAACAGAAAUCGCACGGCGGCAAUGGGAGGCCCCAUUAGCUAAUGUGGUACCUCAGGUUAAGAACUGUUUCAGGUUAAGAACGGACCUCUGGAACGAAUUAAGUUCUUAACCAGAGGUACCACUGUAUUAGGUAAGCAUGGGAAUUUAGCUUCAUUAACUAAAUACAAGUAAAGCAAGCAAGCUAAAUUAGAUCACUCUCUAGGACACCAGAACAAUUUCCAAAGCAAACUGAACAUUUGUCAAUGCAAACUAAUAUAGGAAAAAAUUCUAGUUCAAAAUUUUCUAGAAGACCAUCUGCAGCUGCAUUUCAGGUUUUUUUGUUUGUUUUUUUUAAAUCAGUUUCACAUUUCCCAACCAAUAGGGCUUUGGUGGUGAUUUUAGCCUUUUGGUAUAGUAAGGUACAGUAUGCUAAACACACUGACCAUUACUGUGUGCGAUCCUUGAGAGCUUGCAUCACGGCAAAAUUUUGCAAAAAGGUAGUUAAUCCUAAAAACACACGUGCUUGUCUUUUUUUAUUUAUAAAAAUAAUGGCCUCUUGGGUAGUGCAAUAUAAUAAAGGUAGAAAUGCUUUCUGUUUAUUGAACCUGUCAAACACAGAUACCCUCAAACUAUUUCAAGGCACUCUCUGAAACAAUGAAGGCUAAAUAUAUAUUACUUUUUCAAGGCUAGAAAUACCACUACGCUUUGGAAUGAGAAGCUGCUUGGAUGCAGUCCACAGGCAGCAUCACCUCUAUCCCUGCUGUGUUUGGUCUUGUUUUCAUUUCUCAGUUUAGCCCAAAAGUUAUAAAAAAUUCAGUUUGUAACAAUGCCAGCCCGAAUUUCAAGUGGUAGGAGUAGAAAGUUGUAGUUUUUCCCUGAUCCACCCCAGAAAGAACAGGCAUAGUAGCCUGAAUGAGGAAUAACAAUUUACUCUAUGUUAGAAAACAUGGCUAAGCCCUAAGAAGCUCCACACAGAGUUCCAGUUCGCAUUCGAAUGUGUUUAUAACCCACAUUUGAAGCUCUGUAGCCGUGUUGAUUAUGAAGACCACUAUUUGAUAGUUUUCAGAUGGUCCCAUUAACACUCUGCAUAGUUAUUAGCCUAAUAGUGUUAUAACUCCUUCUCAAAUGUUGUUUCUGUAUGUAGUCUUAAUUAUUAAUUUCCUGGCCCACAAGCACUUGUGUAUCACAGCCUAUGUAUUUACAAUAAAAAUGACCACUGAAGACAGUCUCCAAGGUCAAAUUGCUUGUAGGAUGAAUGUAUAAGACGUCCCCUAUUUUGGGGGACUCAAAAUUCAGAAAAUGGGGGGAGAUUGCUCAGAGUUGUUGAGCUUUUUUGGGGGGGAGAUUUCUGGAAAUCGCUCACCUGCCUGACGUAUGCUUCCACUCGCAUGCACCGCUAAAGCCGCCCAUUUACCACAGCGACACCCAAUCAACACCAGCCCUUGCCGCAGCCCCCAGUGACACGCCAAAUAGCUGCUGACAAUUUCCAGCUUCCGGCAGCAACCAAUCACACGUCCCCCCUAUGCACUAUCUGUGUAUAAGACUGCACUAUCUGUGUAUAAGACGAUCACCAAAAUUUAACAUAGUUUUUAAAUAAAAAUACCUCAGCUUAUACACGAAAAAGUACUGUAAGUUCCUUUCUUGGCAGACAUUAUUAGUAUGUUGUGGACGUUAAGUGGCUUGUUUGUAAUGCAGGUCCAGUUCUGUGGAACCGGUUUUACUUGGUAAAAACAUCUGGCUACAGGGACUGCUUUGCAGCAUCCUAGAUAUGUUUGCAUAAGGAUAAAAAUGGUAGCACUGCAUAUUCACCAUGUGUUAUAUAUGUACACAGAGAUAGGAAAUGCAUUAGCACUCAGCCUGUUAAUGCUAUUGCAGCUUUUGUAAAGAGACUGCAGAGGCAGCAAAAAUCCACUGCUGUUGUGGCUUGAAAUUUAAUGUCUUCAUUAAGCAUUGCAGCUCACAAGUCCAAAAGUAGAAGCAGUUGAAUUUAAUGGACAGUAGAGCGGUGAUGUUAAGCAAGUGUCUCCAAAUUGUCCUAGAUAUGAGUGUUUCCAGAUGCAGUCAAUUUCUCUUCCUUGUGGGAGCUAUUCAGUUAUGUGGGGGAAAUUACAAAUGUGCAUUCAAAGACACCACUAGGAAAGGGUCUAACCACCACAGAUCAAGUCUGUUCCUGUCAGAAUUGCUUCAUCCUCAUACAGUGCUAUGAGUUUAGGAAUAAGCCUAUCAAAGCCCCUUGAGCUGUGACUCCCCAGUGCCUGACAACCAGAUGGCUGUUUGGAGCUCAGGAAGUGUUGUUGUGCAAGGGUCUUUGAAAGGUCGGUGGGGCAAUCCACCUGCCAAGCAUCUGACAUCAUUAUGAUGUCAUAAUGCCCCACCCACCUAUCAAAGUUGGCCCAUGGGGGUGGGGACAGAUAAAGGUCUGGCCCACUGGGCCAAAAAGGUUCCCCAACGCUUCACUACAAUGUGACAGAACGUUGGAAGGAUGGGACAGAACACAGGGAUCUUUCUUUUACUGGGAAGCUCAACAAAAUGUUGCAGUGUAUCAUCAGAUGUGCUCAUUUUCAGGGAUCAGGGAUUUUAGUCAUCUUGGAACAGCAGCCUUAGCACUGUUUGUGGCUCAUGGUGGUAGUUUUUAGGAGUCGGGGAGGGGAAAAUACACACACACCACAAUUGUUCACCUUUCUGAACCUCUCCCAUUGUGCUAGCCCCAAACCUGGUCUUGUUGUAUAACUGGGAUAGUGGGGAACAGAAAAGGUAUAUUUUUUCUUUCCUCCAUAUCAAAACCUCCCCAUGUAGUGCAGAGUGGUGAGCAUUUUAAUAUUCAGGGUGUACAUUCCUAUAAGCCUAAGAAUACUAUAAGUUGUUAGUGGCUCAAGCCAACCAAUUCCUGACACCCCGCUUCUAAUCCCUUCCCACUCCCCCGGCUGAUGGACUUUCUCAUGAUCCUGUGGGUUCUAGAAGCCACUGAGAAUAGGCAACAGGGGUAUUUCGUUUUUUAAUUUUCAUUGUCAUUUACAAACUGUUUUUUUUCUGCAUAAAUGAGCAAUCCGCUACUUUAUUUUUAUUCCCAUUUCAAAGGAUGGGAAAUCAUCACUUGCUUCAGAGUUGUAAAUUUAACAUCAAAUUAAAUCUACAAAAAACUACAGGGGUACUUAAAACUAGAUUUUGCAUUGUUCAACAAGAGAAGGUCAACAAUGGCUUAGUUUAUCGCACAUAAUCUAUGGUGUAUCUGUUGAAUAAGAAAAUAGGUUUUUAGACGAUGGGAAUUAUCUGAAAUUUUGAGCUGCUCCUCUUUCUUCUGCCCAUUUCAGUGUGGCAGUAAGUCUGGGCAUUCUUUUUAUUUUUUUAAAAAACCCUAUUUUUAGCCCAAAGGCUCCAAAAGCAGUAAACAGUAUAUCAAAACAACAAAAUGACUACAAAAAAAUGCUGUGGAUCGGUCAGCAAGUAAAACAAUGUAAGAUGCUCCGCCAACAAUUUCAAGUCAUGGAGAUGAGUUUUCUGUUGAACAAUCAAUUAAUUUUAUUUUUCCAGGCACAGUACACUUGUAGUAACAAGUUCUUUUUCCACAGCAGCCCACCUGUUCCAUCAUUUCAGAAGAUGAUUUGCUAUAAUUUAGGGAAAUGCUUAAAAUUACAGUACUAGAUUACUUGAUGCAAGUCUUCAGUGUUCUAGGGCUGCAGUCUUAAAUCCACUUACAGGGAAAUUUGCCCUGUUGAACCCAGUGGGAUUGCUUCCAAGUAAACAUGCAUAGGAUUUCAGUACGGCAAACUUUGCCACAGGGAUACUUACUUACAAGACUUUGAAAAUGACCAUCAUGAAUGAAGCAAGCAAGUUAUAUUAUUCCCGGGCUAUAUUGCAUUACAUAGCUAUGACUUCUACACACUGUCAGUAAAGAACAUCAUCACUCUAAGGAAGCCUGACUCGUCUCAUGAAUUUCAUGUUGGCUACUGUGUCUCGACAUUUCUAAUUAAAAAGCAUUGCUUUCCAAAAUCACUUUCAGGCAUUUGAAAAUAUUGCUGCAUUUCGGUACCAUAUCAUCACUCAAGUUUACUCCUUCCUGUGGUAUCACAUAACUUUGCUUUUUUAUCUUGACCUUCACUUUGUUUGUUGUUCUAGAGUGGGGCUGGAAAGCUGCUGAUUUUAGCUCUUUCUCUGCCUAGCUGCUAAGCAUUAUUGCAUUAGUUGUUUCUUUGUGGACGUAAUCAAAAUCGGCAGGGAAACCGAUAUCUUUAAACCACCCCACUUCCUGCUUUGUGUUCUAUUUUGCUUGGAGAACAGAAAUGCGCAACAGAAAUUGGCUAAAUUUGUUUAAAACCAUCCAAUUUGGAGGCCAUCACUGCCUCUUGUGGAAGAAGAGAAAAAGAAGAAGAGGAGUUGGGAUUUGAUAUCCCGCUUUAUCACUACCCGAAGGAGUCUCAAAGCGGCUAACAAUCUCCUUUCCCUUCCUCCCCCACAACAAACACUCUGUGAGGUGAGUGGGGCUGAGAGACUUCAGAGAAGUGUGACUGGCCCAAGGUCACCCAGCAGCUGCAUGUGGAGCAGCAGGGAAGCGAACCCGGUUCACCAGAUUACGAGACUACCGCUCUUAACCACUACACCACACUGGCUCUCCAGUGACUUCCAUAAUUUAAUUAUGCAUUGUGUGAAUAAGUAUUUUCCUUUAUCUGUCUGGAAAAAAUUAAUAUUCAGCUUCAUUGGAUGUCCAUGAGUUCUAGUGUUAUGUGUGUGAGAGAAACUUUUCUUCACCCACUUUCUUCAUACCAUAAAUAAAUUAUUUAAGUGUCUAUCAUGUUGCCUCUUACUCAGCUUUCCCCUAAACUAAAGAGUUCCAUUCCUCAUAGGGGAGCCCCUUGAUAAUUUGGGCUGCCCUUUUCUGCAUGGCCAGAAGUGUACACAGCAUCCCAAAUGCGAUAGUACCAUAGAUUUGAAUAACAGCAUUAUGAUACCAGCUGUUUUAUUUUCACUUCCUUUCCUAAUGGUCCCUAGCAUGGCAUUUGCCUUUUUCACGGCUGUGGCAUUCUGAGUCAACAUCUUCAUGAAACCUAUUCAUUAGGACACCAAGGUCUCAUUCCUGGUCUGUCACCACCAGUUCAGACCCCAUAAACAUUUAUGUGAAAUUAAGAUUUUUUUUAACCCAACAUGCAUCACUUUACACUUGUAUACAUUGAAAUGCUUUGCCAUAUUACUGCCCAUUAGCUCAGUCUGUUUGGAGUUCUUCACAAUCUUGUUUUGUUUUAAUGACCCUGAAUAAUUUAGUAUUGGCCACCUUACUUCACUGUAUUUACUGAUCUUGAUUAUAUACUCUUGCUUGAAAUGGAAACUGUCGCCUUGCUAGAUCAGACUAAGAUCUACCUAGUCUUAGUAUUCUCUGCAAAUAUCCCAGCAACCAGCAGGUGCUUUGCUUUCUGCUAGAAAGAAGCCAGUUGUCCACUCGUAGACUAUGCACUGUCUUCUACUCACUGUGACGUAGAAAUUAAGUUUGUGUCUCUUGUUUUAGAGACCUUCAAAAAAGUGACUGCAGCAUAUACCCCAUAUAUACUGAGAAUGUUUCUCAAAGGGUUGCCACCAACUUUCCCCCCUACACUUCAAGUUCUAAAGCAGUAACUCCCUGGAGAUAUCCACAUUUUCUCCUAAAUUUGUGAGGUGGCUAAGAGCUUUGAGGGGCAGAGAAAGAAUACAGUGGAUGCUCGGGUUGUGAAUGUGAUCUGUGUGGGAAGCACGUUCGCAACCCGCAGUGUUUGCAACCUGCAGUGCCGCGUCUGCGCACACGCGGGUUGCAAUUGUGCAUGCGCAAAGCGCGAUUUAGUGCUUCUGCACAUGUGCGAGUGCCGAAACCCAGAAGUAACCCAUUCCGGUACUUCCGGGUUCAGCACGGUGCACAACCUGAAAACGCGCAACCUGAAGCGUCUGUAACCUGAGGUAUGACUGUAUAGAAAAUGGAGGCCCUCCCUACCAGAUUCCACUUCCACAUGCAUGUAGCUAGUCAACUGCAAUAAUGAAUUGUUUGGGGAAAAUGUCAACAGCUCUUUAAUUUCCCUUCACACCAAUGUGAUUUGAUAUGGAAAAAUUCCUUCCUAUGUUCUCAAAGGAGAAAUCUAUAUUUAGUGGUUUAAUAAUCUUCACUGCGGCCUUACACCGAUAAUCCCCUCAGAUGAGAGGAGGAUGAAUCCAAAAAGCAGCCAUGCAGUCUGAGAAAUUAACUGCCUGUAGUUCCCUGAAGCAAUUCUGUUAUAUCUUUAGGGAAGUCAACAAAGUACUUGAGGAAGCUUUCAGCAGUGGCAGUUCCCUUAGGCAAGGGGGGUGAACUUUAUGCUACCUGACUUUUUCCACAGGGUUGAAGUUGUUGACGGUUCACAGAUGCUAAGCUUCAAAGCUGUUGUGCUUGGAUUGGAAGGAGUAAACUUGACAGGCCGCCGUUUGCACCUUUAGCUGUUAGGGCAAGUUGCCGUCCAUUGGCCAGGAUCCUUGGCUGUUCUAAAUCUCCUGAGGAAGUACAGCAACUGAGCAGUUUUGUGUCUGGAGAAUUUUCCGUAUUCGUAAAGAGAUUUUUCUCCUUCAUAUGGAUCUCUUUGGGCUUUAAACCAAAUUCACAUAGCCUGCUGCUUCCUGAUGUUUUUCUCCUUACUGUGGGCAACUAAAGUGAUGACAUAAGUUUAUCCUUAUCCCUCCCAUUGCAAAGUGCUGGGAUUCAAUGUGUCAGAUAAUCUACUAAUUCAAAGCACUGCAGUACAUUUGGUUAUUGCAAUAGCAGCAGUUUCUUCUUAGACAGGAGCUUCCCAGUAUUGUUGUAGCAGCAAUGCAGGAUGUUAAAUGGGAAGUAUCUUAACAGGAUCCCCCAGAUGUUGGGAGGGUUUUCACUUUUGAUUGCCUAGUUUUGUGCAACGGUUGCUGUCCCAUCUAUGCCAAUCCUGCCUCUCCAUUUGGUCAGAAGCGACCGUCAUAGCAAUUGACAUACUCACAUUGUGGGAUGCUAGUGAUAAUGUGCUGAAUCAAUGUGUCUGUUCAUAGAAGCAGCAUAAUUGCUGGAGGAAGCAGCCAUUGGGAAAUGCCUUCAUGGGUGGAUCUUCAAGCAGGCAUCUGAACCUUGCUAAUACAAGUAAGCAAGGUGGACGGCUACCUGAAAGGCCAUAUAGAGAUAAGCCUGAUAUCCAGUUUAAAUCAUUCUUAAACCUGAGUACUGGUCUAAAUGGAGCAGUUGUAAGGUGACCUCCCCUCCCCCACACCACCAGUAGGAUUACCAACUUCUUGAUUAAUUGGGGUUAGAUGAAAUAGUUUUCAGUUGUGUAAAUAGUGCUGAACACAUAGACAGAUUCUGCACAGCUCCAUCAGACAAUUGCAUCAUUCCAGAGUGGAAAGUGCCAGGGAAUUUGGAUGGGACAUAGUGAGAAACUGUUCUCUCUCUCACUUAAUGUGUGACCUUCGAGUAAAUGGAAAUCUUACUGCCUGCCUUAAUGCUGCAAAUUAAUAGGAAGCAGCGCAGGAGAGUGUGGUCCAGUGAUACAGCUCCACAUGCACAUGCAGGUCUCUGCCUUUGUUUUCUACUGCAGGCAAAGUGUCAUGUGGUUGUUUUGCUUUGCUUUGUUUUGUUUUGUUUUGUUUUGUUUUGUUUUGUUUUAAAUGGACUCCCAUUUUAAAUGAGAUGUUUAAUAUCCUGCAGGUUUAAGGGACUAAAAGUGGACAGGUCAUUUCAGAUCCCCAAUUUUUUCUGAUUUGUUUUGCCUUUGAUCUAUCUUAGGCACUUGGUUAUUUAGGCUGUCCAGUUUGUGAUCCCUUUUAAAGAGUGGUGGGGAAGGUGUGGCCCUCCAGAUAUCAAUGAUGCUGUUGGACUUCCAACUCCUAUCAGUCCCAGAAAUUACGGCCAAUGGUUGGGAUGAUGAGAGUUGUGGUCUAGUAACACCAUUAUCUUCUGGAGGACCAUAUGUUCCCCAUCUCUGCCUUUUAAAGAACCUAAUGAACAUCUUAUUUAUUUACUUUGUUACAACACCAGCAACAACUUUAUGUUAUUGCUUUAUUCCACAUAGUCUCAAAGUGGUUUACACCAUAAAACAAAAAAUAGAUACAGUUAAAUAAAAUCACAGUAGUGGCAAGAUUGGGGGAGCUCUGGGGUGGCCGCUGUUGCUCCAGAGCUCAGCUCAACUUGUCCUAUGCUUGUUCUGGUGGGUGCAUUGCCUCUCUGCAUCCCCACAUCCCCUCACAAGCCACUGCUGCACAGUAGCUUUCCUCCUUCAUAGUUCCUGCUUUCUCCCCUUGGCCAAUGGAUUUUGGUAUGACAGUGACGGUUCUGCCUGUGGAUUAUAUGUCUUAUAUUUGGACAGAGGAUGAAUCAUUAUGAGAAGAACUGAAGAAAGCAGUUGAAUGUGUUCUGGGUUUACUGCUGGGGAUCUGAGAUCAGGGAUAGAUGAAUUGCUUGCCACCAGGGAGGUUUUAUUUGCAAGAUGAGCCCCUGAAUAGCCCCAUGUUGACCACCAACCUUCACAUUUUUGCCUGGUCCAUACUAACACAACUGGAAAUUCUCUCUGCUGCACCCCCUCCCCUGCAGUGUUUACAAUUUCAUUUUCUUUGGAUGUGUACUUGCUUGCCUAAGUGCCUGGGGGAUUAUACUUGUUUAGCUUGCUUGUACCUUUUGUAGGAGCACAAUGGCAACAGAUGCUCACUGGAUCAGAAGCAAAGCUUCUGCAUUUCUCUGAGCUUCUGGGGAGACUUUCUCACCAAAGAAUGGCUUUGGUUGUGGUGAAAGCUGGUCUUUGGUGAUGUAUUAUUCAGCACUGUGCAUCUGGGUAUCCAACACCAUUUUUUUGUUUCUCUUGAGUGUCUCUUCACUGCCUUGGAUAGUUUAAGUCACUUGGUUACCUCCAGCCUUUUUUACUGCAUUGCAUUCAUUACCAAUCAAGUCAAAAUUGGGCAUGCCUGAUGACUAACAUUCCCCAGGGUUCAUUCCUUCUGUGAUCCAUAAGUGACAGAGACAGGGCUUAUCACAGAGAGAAACAAGCCUGGCUGUUGCUUUGCCUGGAGGCAGGUUAACCCAGUUGGGGUCAAUCAGCUGAUUUUUCUUUGUCUCUCUCUCCCUCUCUUUCCUAUCUUUUUGUCAGGAAGAAGCUGACCCUGAUUAAGGAAAUGCUGGCUGGCUGUGGGGCAGGGACCUGCCAGGUGAUUGUCACCACUCCCAUGGAGAUGCUCAAAAUCCAGCUGCAGGAUGCAGGCCGAAUUGGUACCUCACCUGUCUCUCUUCUCUCCUCACCAUGCCCAUGCAGCAGCAGAAAAUGUCUCCGAUGGCUUUGCAGAUGAUGGGAGGGCAGUGGUGGGAGGGAAAUAGGACUGAACUGCGCUGGGAUCAGGUUUUAUUAAGGGGUGAUAUACAGAUAUCCAAAACUAAGUUUUUAUUGCUUAGCCCAAAGGCCAUCAACAGUGAAUCAGUAAAAUGUGGGGCACACCACUGAGUAUAAUUAGAACACAACAUAAUGACAUAAUCGGUUACAAUAUAUACCUUAAUAAAUUUUAGGGAUUCGGAGCCCUUUCAGCAGUUCUGUUAACUGAACUGUUUCCCUGAGUAGCUCCAGGAUAUAUUACAUCACUGGGAAGGACCUCAGCCUUGUGAGCCAAAUGAUGAGUCUUUCCAUUCUCCUGAUGUGAGAGAGCCUGAAAUUGUAUCUUUAGAUAUCUGUAUAGGGAAGAGGAGGCUGGUAAAACAAUAGCUUGCGUUCAGCUUGUGAAUUAUUAAACUGGAUAACUAAUGCAAAAAAGGGAGGAGGAUCAGUUGCCCCCUAUGGUGUUCCUUUUCUAUGACACUUUCUUUCUGUUUCCACCCCAGUUAGAAGGUCUGGCAGUGUGCCAAAGCCCUUAGGCAUUAAGAACUUGUGUUCUUGCCCCAAACAACCUUACCUACCAUUGUUAUGUUAUCUCAUUUCCCCCCAAGUAAAUUUCAGGACAAAAUUUAGAAUACUGGAUCUUUUCUGUUGACAGGUGUGGAACAUAGGGGGAAAGAGGUGUGUGUGUGUGUGUGUGUGUGUGUGUGUGUGUGUAAGUUGGGAGAGGGGAUAGCUUAAUGAUACUCACUAUCUAUUGUAUUAACAAUGAAUUCUAAUAAUGCAGGAACUGCUUAGCACAGAGGAGUUCAGUGGGAAAUUUUUGCAACCACAGAAUUGAACCACCAACGCUGUUUGUUUUCAAAAGCUCCAAUAUAAAUAUCCUGUUAGACAGGACUGUUGUGAAUAACAACCACUCAUCGCUGAGACUUAGUAUCUCCCUCUGCUUCUGAUUACCCAUUUGCCUCUGAAUCUUUUUGUAUCUUACCGGUUUCCAGUUGUACUUCAAAUCCUCUGUUACUAAUGUGUUAAAUUAGAAGGCUGCAGAAAGAUUCUCACUGCAGCACAAUACUGGGAUUUAGUGCCUCAGUUGCAACAGAGGCUAUGUGAGCAAAUAUAUUAGCUCAGGGGAUUUACAUGGGCUCCAUCUUCUGAUAAAAUAGGAGAAGUGCAGUGGAAGUAGUUUGGGGGAGAAGAAGUGAACAGACUGCAUAGAUCUCUGGGUAAAUGCUUUGUCAUAUAUAUAUAUAUAUAUAUAUAUAUAUAUAUGAGACAUGACAGUGGAGUGCACUGUAUGUUAAAGCCUGUGAUAUGCUCAGAGAAUAUGGUGUUGUGACAGCCACAUAAAUAUUUUACUUAGAGCUAAAAUUCAACAGCACAACGUAACUGGAUAAAGGCAGUUUCUAGUGACUUAUCAGAGGGCAGUACAACUGACCUUAAGCAAUGUUCAGUUCAUUACAUUUGUGGCGGGCCUAUUCUUCCUCCUGUCAGAAGCAAAACAUUUAUGUUAUGUCAUUGUCUGUAACUUACAUGCUGCAUUCAUGUUUAUUGUGGUAAAUGACAACUCUGUCUUGAUUCCUCUUCAGCUGCUCAGAAGAAGCUAAUGGCCGCACAAGCUCAGUUAAACCCUUCCACUGGUGCUGGGGCAGCAGAGUCUGUUGUGGAGACACGGACGACAGCAAUGCAAAUCACAAGGGACUUGCUUCGGAGCAAAGGCAUCGCAGGACUUUAUAAGGGACUUGGCGCUACGUUGCUAAGGUAGGGCACCCCUUUAGGCCCUCUGGAGGACCUAAAAUCCAAAUGGUGCCCAGUAGUCUGGGGUAACAACAAGGAAUGAAUAGGAACACAUGUUGUUCCCUGGGUAUUGACUCAGUUAGGGAUGGGGACAGAGUGGGUAAGGGAGGGAGAUGGUGAUACACUGCACUGGAGUUUCAUAGUACUAAAUGAGAACAGUGUAGAAAGAGAAAUACCUGAUGCAUUUGAAAACUAUGGAAAGGGGAAUCUUCUUUCUGUGCACAACUAACCACCCCUUACAACUGGCAUGAGGCAUGAGGCAGCUUGGUAUUAAAGGACUAAAGGAAAGAGCUCUUCCCUUGUCCCUCAUGGUCUUGCUUCUCCUUCUGCAGGGAUGUACCGUUUUCCAUUGUUUAUUUUCCAUUGUUUGCAAACCUGAACAAACUAGGGCAGACAACCCCGGAUGUCAAGGCUCCAUUCUAUGUGUCCUUCCUUGCUGGGUGCCUGGCUGGCAGCACGGCAGCUGUAGCAGUGAAUCCUUGUGAUGGUAGGUACUGCAGCAAAGUUCAGUCAAGGUGCUGUGCGUGUGAAAUGUGGGGAGGUUCACCAGAACAGUUGGCAACAGGGGGAAAAUGAGGAAAGAGUGUGAACACUGGUGUUUUUGUGUUCUCACGAAGCACACUAUCACAGGAGGCAAACUGGCAUAUAAUGCAGUGGACUACAGCAGUGUUAAGAAAGAGGGGGGAAAGAUCUAAGUUGCAAAGCACCCAAUACCACAGUAAGAGAAGCUGCUAUCCUGAUUGUUCCAGCUAGUGGAGGUUUGUAUACUUUCCACUUGAGAAAGAGAAUUGAAGAAAUGCAGUCAGCCACAGGCCCUUCUUGUAGAAAGGGUAAAUUCUGUACUACAGAUUAUCUUUGAAGGAAUGCUAAAUGCAUGUCAGAUAUAGAGGUGAUCUCUGCCUGAUCUCUUGCCAUUUGAGGGGCGGGGAGAACAUCCUCAAAGCAACAAGGGGGCUUACAGCUCUCCUGAGCUAACCAGGGCUGUAGCCUGUUAAAGCAUGUUUCUCCCUUGAAGAAGGGAGCCCUCGGGUACCACACCUUAACAGAGGAACAUCUGAAUCCUCCAGGGAGCAAAUAGCUCCCAUCAGCCACAGACUCAGGUAGCACUCAUACACCAGAAAUGCAUUGCAAGAUUUUGUGGCAGAGCCCCAUUUCUUUGUGAUAUAGUCAGUGUCUAAGAGCCUUGCAGUUGAUGCAGAAUGUGGCAGAGGUGCAACAUAAUGUGUUAAAGGAGGGAGGCAACUUCAUCAUAAUGACAGAAGCAAAUGAAGAGCUUAGUAAAAAGCAUGUCCGGAUGAUAAAGACUACCGGUAAUCUGUUCAUGGAGAGAGAGUUGUAAAAGGGGAGGUCAUAAAAAUCUCUUCCAGCUUAGCAGUGCUGGGAUACUUGUAUAUGCCUAAACAGCUAAAGGAAGCCUGGAGAAAUUAAUUAAAUACAGACUAGAGCACUGAUUGUAUCAAACGCUGCUGUCUUCUUUCCCCAGUAAUCAAGACAAGAUUGCAGUCCUUGCAGAGGGGGGUCAACGAGGACACAUACUCAGGGAUCAUAGACUGUGCCAGGUAAAUGAUCUUUUGAGAGUGAUCAGCAAUCGGCAAAACGUGGGCGUUUGUCCCAAGGAUACCAGUGAACAGAGAGGCUUACUACCAAAAGGAUUGUGUUGCAGGCAUAAAAACAGAAUUUUACUCAUAUAUGAAUUUGAUACAUGUUUCUUGUCGGGGCUGCUGCUGCUGGAUGUAUCCAAAUCCACUUUGAUAAAACUGUGAGAUUCUUAUUAAAACACAGUGAAUGAAAUACAGUAUAGUAACUAUGGCAGCUUGGCUUGAUGGCUAUACACUUCCUCCAGGAUUGGAGACGCCAUAGUAGGCACAAGUUGCCAGUAGGUGUGGGGAACGACAGUAGAAGAGAGGCAGCUGUGGACUUAUUUCCCAUAGGCAUCCAGUUGACUAUUGCAGGGAACAGGAUGCUGGACUAGAUAGGCCCUUGGUCUGAUCCAGCAGGGCCCUUUGUAUUUUAACUGGGCCCGUUGGUAGGUUCCAACCUUGAAGUGUGUCUCAUCCUGCAUCCAUUAGCAACUGGGAGGAAGGGACAGCACUGCCCAUCUGAGCUCCCAGAGUCACUGCCACUUAGCAGCAUGGGGAAGGGUGAAGCAGCAGGGGGCUUGGCAUGGGCAUUGGUGCUGUGCAGGUACGCUGGCGGGAGUGCAAGAUUGGCUCCACAGGGGCAACCACACACUGCUGGCAUCCCCACUGCCUGGUCCCUCCCACUCUUCUCACCCAUUAAGUGGCAGCAACUCCAUCACCAGGAAGUCAGACACCUCCCCAUCAGCUGCUGCUGCCUGUACCUCUCCCAUCAUUUAUUUUGCAUUGCUCUUAAAAUCCACUACAAGCAAGCCUGGAAACCCACCCAGUGUUGUGUGUCCCAAACAAGGAUGUGAAAAUCACCUAGUCUGAGCUUUGUUUGGGCAAAGGCUGACACAUAUGUGAACGAAAUUUGCAGCAGAUAACCAUUUUUAUGCUAUUCCUGGCCAAAUAGCCAUUGAGAUGAGCAGGAAAUUGGUUUUUCAUUGUACAUGAAAUGCCUUUGUAAAGUAUGCUGCUCAUGUGGGAAAGCCUGUUUGUUAUAGAUAACUGUGUGCUCUAAAGCAAAACGGGCAGGGCGGGCAUGACUGAAGUAACAGAUAUUCUGAUUGGCAACACUUAAAUGGGAGUUGUGGUGAACACACGUAGUCUCAUCUGAUUUCUUUGUGUGCCUUUUUAGGAAGAUCUGGCGGAAUGAAGGUCCCACAGCCUUUUUGAAGGGGGCAUAUUGCAGAGCCCUGGUCAUCGCCCCACUCUUUGGUAUUGCACAAGUUGUGUAUUUCAUCGGCAUUGCUGAAUAUUUCCUAGACAUGCUUCCAGUGCGCCGGGAUUAA